CACUGCACUCGGCAAAAGUCCGACAAAAAGAAGCCGAACGAGAGCGAAGAAGGAAGUGAAAACAUGAACAGGAGAAGAAGAGAGGACCAUAAAAACAACACGGACACCUGGCAGUUCCCAAACAAGGUUACACAAUUACCUGAGAGAUCUCGUCCUUCUGCAUGAUGAGACGUGUUUAAAAAGCCUGACUCAGCUGCUGAUAUGGUGGACCUUAGACAAACUCUCAGAAGCCCCCAGUCUCACAUUCGAGUGGGAGUCUGGGGACAAUAUUGCAACAGAUCAUGGCUUUAGGAGAUCCUCUCCCACGGAAAUCUAUUUGGACUGCUCCGAAAUAAGAGAUCGGAAGAUGGAGAGAGUGGCGGCUCAGAGGGAGAUGGACGCCCUUUCAGAUUCAGACGAGGAGCUGUCUGAUGGUGAGUCGAUGAACAGGUCUGGUUGCUGGGAGGCGAAAGAGACGGAAGACGGCAGCGAGUGCAAAACCAACGCUCAGGACAUCCCGGCCACGCCGCACUACUCUGGAAUCGGUGACGUGGAGUGCUGUGGCUCCACAGAGGGCAGAACUAACACCGGGGACUUUUCAGAUGGAAAGGAACACCAAGGCGCUGAUAGCCAGGAGAACUCCCAGGUCAUAAACCAAGAGGAGGACGAAUCCGCGAAGGAGCAGCACAUGAACGGCGAGUCGGGCUGGAGGAACUUGGGAGCGGGGAAGAAAUGCAAACCCAGGAGCGGCGGAUCGAUUUCAGAGCAGAGCAACCAAAGUGCUUUUACGGCCACCUCCUUCCAAAAAGGCAACUUUGUGCCGAGCGGCGGCAGGCACAAGCAGACCCGCAGGCGCAACCACCACCAUCAGCUGAACCGAGGACGCAGACGCACGGGCAGACAGCUGGUCUUCGCCUUGAAGGAGGUGUUGUCGGAGUCGGUCAGCGUGUGGUGCAUCUCCUGUGUCCACAUGAUGAUCGAGAUUAUCGUCACAUUGACUCAUCAUUGUGGCGUGGGCGUGGAGGCCGGUGGCUUGGCGCUCUACAGCUUGGGACAGCGGCUCUUUGUGAAGAUCACGGACAUCCCGGGAAUGAAGGACGAUGCCGGUCGAACUUUGAAAUGGACAAAAUGCACGGUCGCGCAGGUGGUGGACAGAGCCGUUCGGUUACUGAAGUGGACUAAACAAGCCGCCACGUCUACACUCAGACUUUUCUGUGCUUUGGUCAUGCUCGGGUCCCAGCGGGCCAAAAGGGUCUUGGUCCGGGUCGGUGGAGAGAGAGGGAAACGGUAUUGGACAGCUUUUCAGGAUUCACGCCUGUGGAAGAGGGUGCUGCUCUUGGUGGAGAGAGUAGGAAACCUUUUCAAGAGACGUGGCCACGCGCAGGCAUCCGACUUUGAGUCACCGGGGAGAGCAGGGAGAGGCCCGCCGGGACAGGAGCUGGAGAGACUGCUCGCCCUGGCCGAGGUCCCGGAGGAAGAGCUCGAUCCCUUCACAGUUUUGGGCGUGGAGGUCCACGCCAGCGAGGCCGAGCUGAAGAAGGCUUACAGACAGCUGGCUGUCCAGGUCCAUCCAGACAAGAACAAACACCCACGAGCCGGAGAGGCGUUCAAAGUACUGCGGGCUGCCUGGGAUAUUGUCAGUAACCCAGAAACACGAAGAGAGUAUGAGUUGAAGCGCAUGGCAGCGACUGAGCUCUCCAAGUCCAUGAACGAGUUCCUCACCAAACUGCAGGACGACCUGAAGGACGCCAUGAACACCAUGAUGUGUACCAAGUGUGAAGGGAAGCACAAGCGCUUUGAGAUGGACCGCGAACCCGCCGAGGCCCGCUUCUGCGCCGAAUGUAGUCGCCGCCAUAGUGCUGAGGAGGGGGACCUGUGGGCGGAGUCUAGCAUGUUGGGACUACGUAUCACGUACUUUGCCUGCAUCGAUGGCAAAGUCUUUGACAUUACAGAGUGGGCGGGUUGCCAAAGGAUCGUCAUCUCUCCAGACACACACCGCGUGCCCUACCACAUCUCCUUCGGGGCCAAGAACAACAGCAGUGCCACCAGAUCCAGGAGCCACGCCGAGCACGGCCCCGGCCCCGUCCCCGGUCCAGCCAACCCGGCAGAUCUGCAGGACUUCUUCAAGCGCAUCUUCAAGGGAGGACCCCCCAGUGACAUGCCUGCCAACGGGGCUUUCUUCCCCUCGGGUCCACCCCACCACGCCCCACCCGGCGCCGGGCCGCCCCCGUUCUCCCCUCCCCCGGGCCCGACCACUUUCUUCAUGCCGGGGGCCCACCAUCGGCCCGAGUCCGGCGAGCCCUGGUCCGAGGGCGGAAAACCCCCCAGGAGGAAGAAGAAGGUGCGCAAACCCUUCCAGAGGUGAAGUCUGCUGACACCUUGAAGAAAGAUCUGUUUGGCUCUGGUCUGGCCUGUUGGCACGCUCGCGUCCCACAUGGAGGUGCUUGCUCCAAGACCUGAAGAUGUGCCGUGGACUCAGCAGAACUCAAAAGACCGGAAGAUGUGCUGUGGACUCCAUCUUAACUUUCCACUUCUUCACCGCCUGUAUGUAGCCUUGAUCUUCUUCUGCAUCCUUCUCUUCACCUAACCCGCCAUGAACCAGGAGGCCAUAAAGACCUGGGACUCGGACUACUGCGCACAUUUCAGUACAAAAUGUCCCUCAUGAUCGUGCUUGUUCUGUCCAAAGUGGCAAUUUUAGAGAUUGUUCCAAGACGUGUUUGAGGACAUCAUCCAGGAUCAACACACCAGGGGUGUCCAAACCUUUUCAUUUUCAACAAGAGGGCCCCACUCAAGUUUGGUCCUAAGGACCCAGAAGGGUGUCAGUUAUAAAAAUGUUCAAAAAUAAGCCUUUUUUUUUUUUUUUUUUUUUUUCUUUUUUUUUUUGACGUCUAUAUCUCCAGAUCAACUUCAGAUCUGUCGAUGUAACCUUUUAUUUUUUUUAUGUUUUGUGCCCUUUUUGUUCAAGAAACCCUGUUUUUUAUGGCAAAAAUCACAAACUAUGCAAUACCCACCCCCCCACCCCCACACACACACAAAAAAACAAACAUUAAAAGUGGAAUAUUUGAUGUGAAGUAAUUAGAGCCUCAAUAGGUCAAUCAUUCAUAACAUUGAUUUCAUUCAUUAUUUUUGAACAAUGACAUUAAAAAAAAUCCCAAUAAAAUUCUCAGGGAUCCAAAAAGGUCCCAUUUAUAAAGUGUUAAAAAUUAGCCAUUUUAUUUUUUUUGUUUUGUUUUAUGCAGUUUUUGUCUGAGAAAACUUACUUAACAUUGAUUGGGAUUAGGGUUAGAUGAAUUAUAUUUGAGCAAUGCGACCCCAAAAGGGACAAGCGGUAGUAAAUGGAUGGAUGGACAUAAAAUAAAUAAAAAAGUCCCAAUAAAGUUCUCAGGGAUCCAAAAAUGUCCCGCUCAUAUAGUGUUAGAAAUAAGUUGAUUUUGAUUCAUUAUUAUUUUUGAACAACGGCUCCAGCAAAUGGAUGGAUGGAUGGACGUUUAAAAAAUCCCAAUAAUAUUCUCAGGGAUCCAAAAAGGUCCCAUUCGUAAAAAUAUUAAAAAUAAGUUGUAAAUUAUUUUUUACUUUCAACAUUUAAUUGUCUCCACAGAUCUACUUUUUCUGUUGUAUGUCCUUUUUGUCAUAGAAAACUUAAUUAACAUUAAUUUUGUCAAUAUUUUUGAGCAAUGACAAUUUAAUAACAAAAAAGCUGCCAUGCAUGUUGUUGUUUUUUCUUUAACAGUCAACAUUGUACACCCGUUUGAUCUUUUAUUUCACUUUUUUAAAGUUAUUUUUCUGUAAAAGCCUUUUUAAAAUGAGCAGCUUGUGGUUAAAAAAAAGAAGACUUUGGACACCCCUGGUCGAGAUUCUUCAGGAAGUGCUCUGCAGGCCUCGUUAAUGUCGGCGUACACUGCCCUCUGUUGGUCAUUCUUGGAAGUACACCAGAAAGGAGCGCCGUUGCGCUUUGAACUCUUGUUUCGUCUUGGGACGUUUUACUUUUUAUAAUCCAUAUUUAAUUUCACACUUUUUUUGUUUGAAUCAUUUAAUUUGUGACCACCCGAGCUUAAAUUUUAAAAAAAAGUAGCAAAAGGCGGUCACUUUACCAACGUUAAAAAAAGAAAAAGAAAACAUGAAGUCAUCUUCCUGCUGCUUCAUCAAUGGUCACAAACAACUUCAGGAAAAGCAAAGUGUUUACAUCUUCCGGGUCAACAUCGCCCGUCUUUGGGACGUCUGAUUUUCUUCCCAAUUUGAGUGAAUUGAUUGGA